CGUCUUGUCUUUCUCUCUAUAUCCACAUUUGUCUUUCCUUCGCUGUCCAAUUUCCCUCUCUCUUUCUUCAUCUAUUUAUUUACCUGCCCUUUCUUAGUCAUCUCUCUCUCUCUUCUCUUUCUCUUUUGCUCUACUCAUCUUUCUCGCAGCGAUUUUCUGUAUCCCUCUCCUCCCUCCGACGUUUCCUUUUCUAUGAAAGCGGAGACAGCGGCCAGGACCAAAGAGACCGAAAGAGAGCUCUCUCUGUGACACUGGGCGCGGGUGAGCGCCGGAAAUAUACCCGCGCGUGGCAUCUCGUCUUGCUCUUAUUCGCCGGCGUUCACCAAGCCGGCGGCACCGUCACCAAAGAGUCGCGCGUCCGUGUUGCUCGUGCAGUCGCAACAAAUUUCCCGUCGCGUUCUCCACCGCGCGUUCGCGUGUCUGCCUCGUUACUCUGAGAUUCGCGUUCCGGAGGGAAAUUACAUCGAGUCGUCUGAUUCCAUUUCAACAAAUAAUCCGUCACGGAGAUGCCUCGGUGCAAGUUUCGUUCGCGUGGAAUCGUAUGAUCACGAUAGCGGACGCGCGUUACACAGUCAGGUGUUCCUCUUUGAAACUCCCCAUCCGUGGAAACGAUUCUCUUUCCGAUCGACUUCUAGUCUCGAACGUCGUUCAAUUGCAUUGAUUAAUGGGAAAAUACAUUUCCUAAGUCUUGAAAGAAAAGCCAUAGUUAUCGCUCAACCUGAUGGUGAAGUGUGAGAGAUUUUAAAGUCACCUUCUAUCUUACUGAAAUCUGCAUAUAGCAACAGUUAUCGAAUAAAUCGAGGGUUGCUGACGUGCGUUAUCACAAUCUAUUGAUUUCCCCGAAGAGAACUCCAUGAGGUGGCCCGAGUGAAAUUUACGCGGUGUUAAAAUUAGCCUUGUGGUCCACUUGAACCUUACUAAUACAGUUAAGGACCAAGCUCUUCCGCUGAACUGUCGAGUAAAUCAUUUCGCUCAACACAGUGCUUCGGGACGCUUCAUUUUUUCUUUACGCUCUUACUUUUAAAUAUUCUAGAGUUCGUUGCCCUCCCCAUAGUCGUAAAGACUGAUAGGAAAACAAACGUUUAUUCUUGCGAAAUAUCAUCUCCGCGAUUGAUCACUGUAGGAGGAAGAAAUACGGAAGAGAUACUUGAACCGUAUUCAUUGUUACCUAUUACAGAUUUUUUUCAUUUUUUUACAUCUCUUUUUCUUACCAUGUCGCAAGUUUUUUUAUUUUAUAUGCGAGUAAGAAUCUCAGUAAAAGAUAAAGUGCCUCGUUGUUAACUUGUAACUUGUAUGUUUGGGAAAGCUAGUCUUCCUAUCGCGCUAACCCGUUAAAUUAGCGUCAAUUCGCCGUCACGCAACAACGAGUACCGUAAUUAUCUCCCCGGGGUGACGGGAGGGAGGCUUAUGUCACCGUUUACUCGACGAUCGCCACGUGAGUGAACACGUGCACGCGUACGCACGCGCAUCCAAUUCCUCCUACGCGAGUGUGUGCGUGCGCACGUAAGUAUAGAGCGAGGAUGGCGAUGGAUCGGACGAUGUACGGCAAGGUGGAGCCGGGUGACACUUAUCAGCCCUAUAGGAUCACCAUGAAGAAGGGCUCACCACCUGGAUAUGCGCUUCUGGCAGAUCUGCAGAAUACUGUGUCGUCGGAAGGAAAUCACGUUGGAGGUAACGCGACGCCCGGUUACGGAUCGCUGAAUGGCGCGCGCAUCCACACGACCACCGGCUAUAGAUCCUACGACAAUCGAACAUCGCCACUGCCGCCGCAAUCGCCGACUUAUCAGAACCGCGAGGCGAUAGAGGAAACCAUGGGUAAAACUGGAAGCGCGUCUUAUACCCAGGCCGGCACCGGGAGCAAGAUGCCUUCCCUCAAUAACAAUCUUUCCGAGCUGGACACCCUCCUGCAAGACCUGAGCAACGCGCGCUAUAAUGCCCACUAUCAAGAACGAGACAGCCACGCGUCCACGACAGGCGUGAACGGAGGUGCGACCAGUCCCAUGCUUCAUUCUCCAAGUAGCAUGUCAGCCUCUCGACCCACCGUCGACUCAUUGCUCGAGGAAUUAAGCACCGCAGUGCCUAACGGAAAAUCAAACUCGCCGGCGAUUAAUGGGGGUGUUGAUCCCCAAGAUGAUUCGCAUUCGGUAAAACGGACUGUUGUCCCUCCCUCCCCCUCGAGCAGAGACUACCCCACUGAUGGAAAAGUGAGAGUCACCAUACAAGAGACGUCUACGGAGAUACAGCCGGUCUACGACGGCUAUCCCUCCAGUCAACAUGGCUCACUGAGUCGAACCGAAGUUCACCGGAGUUACCCUAACGGUCAUACCGCGAGUAACGCUACCAAGGAACUGGACGACCUAAUGGCUUCGCUUUCCGAAUUUAAGAUCAAUAGCGGCACCCAUCAGCACCAGACGGUGACCGAUUCUCCAUACGCGAAGCCCAACAAGGCCACCAAGAGUUCGCAGAGCCCUUUACCCACCGAGAGCACGCAAACUCGCGUCCACAUCACCGAGACCCACACGACCCAUCUCUACCAUCCGGGAGAGAGCCAACCUCUCAAGCAGAACCAGUUGGAUUCUAUGCUUGGUAAUCUCCAGGCCGACAUGAGCCGCCAAGGAGUCAACACAACCCAGAAGGGAUGCUGCAACGCUUGUGAGAAGCCCAUCGUGGGCCAGGUGAUAACGGCCUUAGGGAAGACGUGGCAUCCAGAACACUUUACAUGUACCCACUGCAACCAGGAAUUGGGCACGCGGAAUUUCUUUGAGAGGGAGGGUCAUCCUUACUGCGAGACGGACUACCAUAACUUGUUCUCCCCUCGUUGCGCUUACUGCAACGGGCCUAUUCUCGAUAAAUGCGUAACCGCCCUGGAGAAGACUUGGCACACCGAACACUUCUUCUGCGCCCAGUGCGGUAAGCAGUUCGGCGAGGAGGGCUUCCAUGAACGGGACGGCAAGCCCUACUGCCGCGAGGACUAUUUCGACAUGUUCGCGCCCAAGUGCGGCGGCUGCAACCGUGCUAUCAUGGAGAAUUAUAUAUCUGCUCUCAACAGUCAGUGGCAUCCGGACUGCUUCGUGUGCAGGGAUUGCAGACAAAAGUUUCAGGGAGGCUCCUUCUUCGAUCAUGAAGGAUUGCCGUAUUGCGAGACACAUUAUCAUGCCAAGAGAGGAUCCUUGUGUGCAGGAUGUCACAAGCCCAUUACCGGUCGUUGUAUAACAGCAAUGUUCCGCAAAUUCCAUCCCGAGCACUUUGUGUGCGCGUUUUGCCUAAAACAGUUGAACAAGGGCACGUUCAAGGAGCAAAACGACAAGCCUUACUGCCAUGGUUGCUUUGACAAACUCUUCGGAUAAAUAAUUCAUAUUUUUCGGAAUACUUUUUUUGUAACAUAACGAAACGAGAGGCUGUUUCUCUUGGCAAUGUUUUAUUAUACUUGACGAAAUACGUAUACGACAUAAACACUUACUUGCUUUGAUUGUCUAUAUAAAAGCGCGAGACGAGGACUCACAUUGUCUAAAGUAGCCUUCUAGAAUUUCAAUUUUUUAAAUCAAUAUUGACUAACGAAUGCAUGCAAAAAGAGUAGAAUUUUGAUUACAAUGACAAAGACCUUUUCUUCGCCAGUAAAUAUUUAAUAAUAAAAAAUUAGGCGACCUAACUAGCCAAAAAAUUCCUCUAUAUUAAAACUCACGAGUCCUUUUUAAAUAUCUCUCACUUGAAAAGGACUAGAUUAUGGUCGAAGAAACAUCGUGAGUUUUAAUAUAGAGGAAUUUUUUGGCCAGUUAGGUCGCCUAAUUUUCGUUUAUUAUAAGAAUUUUGAUUGUUACAGAUUAUUGUAAAAAGAUUAAAGAAUUUAUUAUCCUGUCACCAUUUUUUAAUCGAUGAGAUCGUAUUAUCUUACACAAUUUCUUCUUUCAAGGAAAUUGUAAAGUUGUUAUAUCUGAAUGGAUAUAAGUACAAUUCAAAUCCCAUCCUUCGAUUAAUAUCGAAUAAAUUUUAAUAGAAACUUAAUUUAUGGAUAUAUUUGAAAAUUGAAAUUAAAAAAUCGUGAUAAACCUUCUCUCUUAUCAAAUUUCCAUUAAAAAAUUUAAAUUGGUUGAAAAUUUAAUAAAUACGAUAAAACAUUCUGAUCUUUGUGCGUUUUAUAAACUAUUUAAUUUUAUAUAAUAAAUCGCGCACGUAUUCUCAAACCGCUCAGUUUGAGUUUGUCACGCCGUUUAACGAUUAACGAGAAAAGGGUGCUAUAGUUUAUCUUUAUUAAUAAUUUGUAUCGAUAUCUAGUAAUAUUUGUAUAACCGUAUCUUUGCCACCAAAUAUCUCCCUAAUGAAAGCUUUUCCCGUGCGUUAGAAAGAUUUCGUAUAUUUAUAAGAUAUUUAAAUAGCACUAAUAUAAUAAUCAGUUUAACAUUACCGCGCAAACAGCGCUACAAGUUUACCAUGCCUGCUAUAUUGAAUCGCAUAUAGUAGAACAAAUUCGCGUCACCAUGUACAAACGACGCUUUAGCGCACAGAAUUGGAAAACAAAAGAUAUACCAUUAGUUUCAGAUUUAUUUCUGUUGCACAGCGAAGAUCGAAAAAUCAAUAUAUAUAUAUACACACUAUAUAUAAUAUGUAUAGACAUGUAACAUUAAUAAAUUUCUUAAAUAGA